GGAAAAAGCAUUGCAGACUCCAUGGCGGUCAAUCUAUGCAGAGUUCCCACAGCUUGAUCCUACCAUGUCGCCGGCGAUUGGGUGCUCACUGCCGGUCACUCAAGUGACUCUUGGCGUGCCAGUGCGUACGCAUGCUUUCAGAUCCGCUCCAUACCGCCCGUCCGCAUCUUCCUCAGUUUGGGGCCUUUCCGCCUUUGCCAUCACCUUUGGCAGGCUCCGAAGGGCUCGCCCUGCCGCCGCGUCAGAAAAGGAAGCCAAAGGCAAGGAGCCCUUCAGCAACAAGAUCCGCAUCUUCUUUGGGCAGAUCUACGCUCUCCUCACCCUGCCCUUGGGCGGCGCCGGAAAUUUCGUCCGGGUCGAGCAGGGCUCCGUGGGUGCGGUCUUGCGCUUUGGGAAGUUUGACCGGAUGCUGCAGCCCGGGCGGCACCAGUUUAACGUCUUCGUGGAGAAGGUGGUUGUAGUGCCUUUGAAGAUCUCGUGUCUGGAUGUGAAGCCGCAAAUGGUGAUGACAAAGGACAAUCUGACCGUCACCAUUGACGCUGUCUGUUUCUAUCGUGUCCUCGAUGCCACCAAAGUCCUCUUUGAAGUGGCAAACUAUCAGAAAGCAUUAAGCAACCUGGUGCAGGUCACAAUGCGCACCGUGGUGGGGGAGAACUCCCUCGGGGAGAUCUUCGCCCAGCGGCCCCGGCUGAACGCGCGCAUCACGGAGCUCAUCGAGGUGGCCACGGGGCCCUGGGGCAUCCAAGUCAGCCAGGUUGAGCUGAAGGAAGUGCAGAUUCAGCAGUCCAUGCAGCGGGCGCUUGCUGCUGUCGCAGAGGCCCAACAGGAGGCCGAGGCCAAGUUGAUCCAAGCCCGGGCCCAGCGCGAAUCCGCGGGGAUUUUGGCGGAGGCCUCACAGGAUGCUUCAUUUGCAUGCAAGUCUUCAGCCUGCUUGAAUGGUCAAGCUAGAGCACAGCUGGAACUCCGCACAGGCUAUGGGGCAAGAUCCUGCUGCACUUCAGCUUCAAUGGUUUGAAACUCUUCGCAUCAUUGCGACCCAAGGGAAGAAUGCCACUGUGAUUGUGCCUGACCGUAUCAACCCAGAGAGCGCUUUACGAGUCAUGAACAAUACCCCAGCAGAAGAGUGACUCGCUUCCUGAGUUCCUGGACUUCAGAAACUUCUUGGGAAGACCCAUGUUCGCGGUAAAUAUAGACAAAACUGUUCUUUGGCCAGUCUCGAUCGGA